ACCAUGGAGAUGGAGAUGGCGAGAGGCAGCACUCAAGGCUCCACCUUCCAGGCGCAGAGCAGCCCAGGCCGGACAGCAGUUAACAAUAGCCCAAACCCUGGACACAUUGACCUUGCCCUUCUUUCAGAGAUCCGGAUCGACGCUGGAGCCGGAACCGGAGCCGGAACCGGACACGUCAGAUGCCGCGAGCUAGGGGACGUCACUCAGACUACUAGCCGGCCCCAACCCCAUACUCUCCUCCACCCUAGCCCUUCUCCCACAAUGCUCCGCGCCGGGUCUGCCCAGGCUCCGCCCCCUAUUCGCUUCGCUCCGCCUAACCCGGUCUGGCCUCCUGGCCAGAGGAGUGGACGGGGCUGCUAGCUGGAGGCAACGUUUCCUCCUCCUCUUCCUCCUCCUCUGGUUUCCUCGCGCUGCUCCCUCGGCUCUGCUCCCGACCCCGGCCGGGAGCUAUCGGACUAGUUGCAGUUUUUAUAGAAGACCAUUUUUAAAAACUUCAUCCAUGGACUAGUAUGGACUACAUCUCUUCAAAGUUCAGUACUGAACUGGCUGUAUAUCCUAAUAUUUACUUGAAUUAGAACUUAUGUAAGAAAAAAAGGAUGGAAGGGUGGUUACAGAAAAUAGACUAUGUUAGAGACAGGAAAAGAACUUUUGUCUGUUUCUUAAUUUUAGUAUAUCUUACUGCUUUAGUCUACACUGAUAAGGAUUUUUAUAGUUUACUUGGAGUAUCUAAAGAAGCAAAUAGUAGAGAAAUAAGACAGGCUUUCAAGAAGUUGGCAUUGAAGUUACAUCCUGAUAAAAACCCGAGUAACCCAAAUGCUCAUGAGGAAUUUUUGAAAAUUAAUAGAGCAUAUGAAGUAUUGAAAGAUGAAGAUCUUCGGAAAAAAUACGAUAAGUAUGGAGAAAAAGGACUUGAGGAUAAUCAAGAAAGGGGCCAGUAUGAAAGCUGGAACUAUUACCGAUAUGAUUUUGGUAUUUAUGAUGAUGAUCCUGAAAUUAUAACCUUGGACAGAAGAGAAUUUGAUGCUGCUGUUAAUUCUGGAGAGCUAUGGUUCAUAAAUUUCUACUCCCCAGGAUGUUCACACUGCCAUGAUUUAGCUCCCACAUGGAGGGAAUUUGCUAAAGAAAUGGAUGGUUUAUUUCGCAUUGGAGCUGUAAAUUGUGGAGAUGAUAGAAUGCUUUGCCGAAUGAAAGGAAUCAAGAGUUAUCCAAGCCUCUACAUUUUCAAAUCUGAAAUGAAUCCAGUGAAGUAUUUUGGAGAGAGAACAAAGGACCACUUAGUGAAUUUUGCCAUGCAGUAUGUCAGAAGUACAGUAACAGAAUUAUGGGCAGGAAAUUUUGUUAAUGCCAUCGAAACUGCCUUUGCCUCUGGUGUUGGCUGGCUCAUCAGUUUUUGUUCUACUACAGGAGAUUGCUUAAGUUCACAGACACGUCUUAAGCUGGCUGGCAUGUUGGAAGGCCUUGUUAAUAUAGGCUGGAUGGAUUGUGGUACUCAGGGUAACCUGUGUAAAAGUCUAGACAUCACAUCAAGUACUACGGCUUAUUUUCCACCUGGGGCCACCUUAACUAAUAAAGAAAAAGGAGGUGUUUUGUUUCUCAAAUCCCUGGAUGCCAAAGAGAUUUAUAUGGAAAUAAUGCACCAUCUUCCAGAUUUUGAAAUACUCUCUGCAGAUUCACUAAAGGAUCGAUUGGCUCAUCAUAGGUGGCUGCUCUUCUUUCAGUUUGGAAAAAAUGAAAACUCAAAUGUUCAUGACUUUAAAAAGUUAAAAUUUCUUCUUAAAAAGGAACAUAUUCAGGUUGGCAGGUUUGACUGUCUUUCUGAACCAGUCACCUGCCGUAAGUUUUAUGUUCAUCAACCGUCUGUGGCAGUAUUUAAAGGUAAAGGAACUGAAGAUUAUGAAAUUCAUCAUGGAAAGAAGAUUCUAUACCAUAUCCUUGCAUUUGCUAAAGAAAGUGUUGAUUCUCAUGUUGUCACACUUGGACCUCAGAAUUUUCCUGACAAAGAAAAAGAACCAUGGCUUGUUGAUUUCUUUACACCUUGGUGUCCACCCUGUCGAGCUUUGUUGCCUGAGUUACGGAAAGCAUCAAAGCAGCUGAAUGGGCAGCUUAAAUUUGGCACACUUGAUUGUACAAUCCAUGAAGGCCUCUGCAACAUGUAUAACAUUCAAGCUUAUCCAACAACAGUGGUGUUCAACCAGUCCAGUAUUCAUGAAUAUGAGGGACAUCAUUCAGCUGAAGAGAUUUUAGAAUUUAUAGAGGAUCUGAGGAACCCUUCUGUCAUUUCUCUAACACCAGAGACAUUCAAUGAACUAGUUAAGAAGAGAAAACGUGAUGAAAUUUGGAUGGUUGAUUUUUAUUCUCCUUGGUGCAGACCAUGCCAGAUGUUAAUGCCAGAAUGGAAAAGGAUGGCGCGGUUGUUAAAUGGUCUGAUCAGUGUUGGCAGUGUAGACUGCCAAAAGUAUUAUUCAUUUUGUAGUCAGGAACAAGUCAAGAAAUUUCCUGAUAUAAGACUUUACCCUCUAAAAUCAAACACAGCUCAUCAAUAUUAUACUUACAAUGAGUGGGACAGAGAUGCAUAUUCUCUAAGAACCUGGGCUCUAGCAUAUUUGCCUCAGGUGUCCAUAGAGCUUACACCGCAGACUUUCAAUGACAAAGUAUUAGAAGGGAAAGAUCAUUGGGUAGUUGAUUUCUAUGCUCCUUGGUGUGGACCUUGCAGAAAUUUUGCCCCAGAAUUUGAGCUUUUGGCUAGGACUAUUAAAGGAAAAGUGAAAGCUGGAAAAGUAGAUUGUCAAGCUCAUGCUUAUACUUGCCAGAAUGCUGGUAUCAGAGCUUAUCCUACUGUCAAAUUUUAUCCCUAUCAAGGGAACAAGAAAAAUAUUCUUGGCAAGCAGAUAGAUAUCAGAGAUGCAAAAAGUAUUGCUGAUUUAUUAGAUGAAAAAUUGAAAGCUCUGCAGAGUAAAACACAGAGGGAGAAAUCUAAAAGCAAGGAUGAACUUUAAGUGAACUUGAAGACAGAGCAAAUACAGAGAAAGCAGAAUCUGCGACUCCAGAAGGUUUCAUACUUAGAAUGUUAUUACAUUCAUAGUAGGAAUAAAAGAACAUUAUUUUGGAUUCUUGAUUGUGCUGCCUGAAUUCUGUACAUAUUUGGUGCAGAAGGCUUCAGUUUUUGUGAUAGGGGACCUCCAAAGAUGAGAUUUGAUUCUACUCCACCUGCAUUAUUUCAGAAAUACACAAAAGGGUUUUUGAUCUUAAGAUCAAAAGUUUAGAACUGGGAUCAAAUGGAGUUUGGGGAUUAUCAAGCACACUCUAUUCUUCAGACCUCUAGCCCUAUCUAUAAAUUCCAUAUAAAAAACUACUCAGCAUGACUGUAAACAUGCAGAAAUGACAUUUUCAUGACAUCAUGUUAUUUAACAACUAGACUCUUUUAAAAUGAAGAAAUCUGAAUUAUUUCAUCUCCAAUCUUCUAAAGGAUAAGGAUUUUUUUUUCUCACUUGGGAAAAAUAUGCAUGAAAGAUUCACUCAUCUCCCAAAGGCAAAAUGUUGUCAUGGGUUAUUUUGUGAUCCAGAACAUCUAAGAAACAUUGUAUUACUGGUUUGGCCAUUGUAGUGUUGCUACACAAUUUUCUUAAUCAUGUUCAGAAUAUAUAUGCAUUUUAAAAGUUUAUUUUUUUUAUAUUAACUCCAAAAAAACUGUGAUUAAAUAGUUGAAUUUGAAGCAUUUCCUUAGAUUUCUACAUUUAUCCAUUGAAUAUUUUACAACAGAGUAUUUCCAGUACUCUGUAGUCCCAUUUUGUCAGACACUUAAUUGUUCAGGUUGCAAAAUCACUUUCCAUGUUUGUUUUCUUUCUCAUAAUGGUAUUAUAACUAAUUUGACUUUGGCUAUUAACUUUCUACCAGAAAAUAGUGGGUGUUUUUUCAGAUUAAUAUUACUGAUAACAACAAUUGAGAUUAUUUUUAUAAGAAAAUUAAAUGGCUAUACAAGGAGGAAAGGGUAUGACCAUUGAACUAUCUGGGAUCAAAACCCCUAAAAAAAAAAAAGCCAAAUACAGUGUGGAUAUUUGUCUCUAAUAUAAGAUUAUAUGGAAUGAUAAAACUAGUUUUAUCAAAGGAAAUUCUCAACUAUUCUGACCUGUCAGGAGACAUCUCAGAAUAGUUUCUGUAUCAGUAUAAUGGAAAAUGUUGAAUUUGAAGUCAAGAAUACUUGGGUUCAGAUAUUACCUAUGACACUAAUUAUAUGAGCACCAGCAUAUAUCACUUAACCUCUGUGAGGUUAUUCUUACCUUCCUCCUCUAUAAAAUGCUUUACUACCUAAGUACAAGAGUUGUGAUACUCAAAUGAGAUCACAAAUAUCAAAAUAUUUUCAAAUCCCAAAGUAUUAUAAACAGGUUAAUUAUUGUUUUUGAGCUUUUGCUUUACUAUUCGAGCCCUAUCGUAUUCUCACUACCCAAUUCCAAAGGUGAUUUCCUCAGUAAUAAUAAUACAUUUAUGCUUAGCAGUUGACACAGUGUUUGACAUACAUUUCUCAUUUAAUAAUCAGAAAAACCUUAUGACCUAUUUUAUAGAAAAUGAAGCUUAGAGAGGUUAACUUGCUCAUACUAAUAUUGGUAAUAAGUGGAAAAGGAGGCAAGACUCAAAGAAAUUUUCUCAUAGCUGUAAUAACCCAAAGAAUCACACUUGCUUUAUUUUUUCUGAUUGUUUAUUAGAAAUUUUUAUCUUUAAUUAUGACCUCAUUCUAUGCCUUCCAGGCAUGGUUUCUAAAUUAUAUGCUCUAGAAACCAACCAUAUAUGUAUAAUACAUAUAGCUGUUUAAUAAUUUUGGGAUAGUCAUCACUAUUAAUAUUCAUUUAAAUAGUGACAAUUUAAACAGAUGAUCAGUCUAUUGUGGGUAACUUUUAUUUAUGAGACUGCAGUAGAAAUUUGCACAACUGACUCAUUAUUGCAGUACUUCUGAAUCUGGAAUGUAUGAAGAAUUAUUUCAUUUUGUAUUUAUUGAAUCUUAUUAAUAAACCUUUAGCCCUGGUGGGGGUUACAGAAUAUUUUUUUAAAUUGGAUUGUACUUUCUAGAAGCCCUAGUGGGGCUAUAGACAUAGGGAAUCUGUAACCACUGUAGGUAUGGUGAUGAACUUUUUACUCAGAUUGGUUGCUAGAUCACCAUAAAUACAUUUAUCUUCUGUUCCAAUAAUUUAUGGGAAGCUAAUAGAAAAGAAAGUAAUAACUAUCAUUAAUUGGCUUAUUAGCAUGUCAGUAGAACUAUCUAUUCUAUAAGGCUACAGAUUCUUAAAAGCUAUUACACUUUCAUCUCAGGAUUGCAUGUUGAUAUUCAAAAAUGAACAAUGAUCACCCAUAUUAUAAUAGUCAUUCUAAGAAUUGACAGAACUAAAGAUUUUCACUGCCAGAAAUGUGUAUUUAUGUACUCUGUCAUGGUAGCAACACAGUCCUUAGCCAUUUCUGUGGUCAACAUCUUAAGUUCUACUUACAGUACUUGAAAUUACACUUAUUCUUACAAAACAGACUUAAUUCUGUUAUGGUGGCUGUGAAAAUUGAGUGAUUGCUAAUAAAUUCUAUAGCUCAAA